GUUUUGUUGUGAAUUGAUUUCGGAUUGGCGCGGCGUGUAAAAUGAGUUUGAACGAACCGUUGAUAGAUAGAAAAGAAGAUGCUUAUUCUAUUCUUCGAACUUAUUACGACCAGUUUUCUUCAGCUGGGGGAAAAUUAGAUCUUUUACGUCCUGCAGCUUGCUUCUCCCCUCACAUUUUUGGGGCGGGCAAAAGCUUUGUAGGUCAAAAAUUUUUAGAGUUUUUAAAAAAAUUCGCCGACGAAGAGGAAGAGCAGACGAAGACGGAGGUUUUCAACAAGAGCUCGUCGGGAAAAGUUGAUGCGAAGAUUUUUUCUUGGAAGCAAUUUGCGGAAAACACUUUGUCAGUUUGCUUUAAACUAGGAGAGAGCUUUUCUCGUGCUCCUUUUCCAAGGUUUCUAGAGGCUUUGAUGUAUAACAUAACUAUGGCUACAGCCGAGUGUAAUGGUAACACUGACCGAGAAAAUGGAAAAGACACGGACGCAGCGAUGAAGAAACCUAAUAUCGCAGGAGCUAUCCAGUAUCUUCUCGAACAAUUUCAGAAACAAUAUUUAUUUUUGAUGAUAGACGAACUUAGCCACCUGAGUGACCUCACCAAAUACUAUAGUGAACUUACCAUGAAACAGUUUGUCGAGUCCGAUCCUGGUUAUAUCCCGUAUCGCAAAUUUUUUCGAACUGUAUAUGAGUUGCUUGAUACAGGAAAAGUUAUCUUGUAUCUUGCUGGGCGAACUGCUGAAAUCUCAGCCCGCCUGUCUGAUGCUCGCUCCAGUAGAGUGAGUCUCCGUAUGUUGCGGUUGAAUCCCUUUAACCUCCAUGAUAUUAACGAAUAUAUUGAGCUGGCAACUUAUGAUGGAAAGUCCUUGAAGGACUGUUUAUUGCCCUCUGAUGAAUUACGAUAUCGAUUCGUAGAAUUGUUGAAGAAGAAGACAGGGGGUAUUCCGUUGAUUGUAAAGAAUACUUUACUAGCCCUAGUAGGGAAACUUGCAAACUUAUCUCAACCUGUUAUCAACAAUGACAAUAUGGAAUUUUUAUUAGAUAGUGUCUUUGCAGAUAUACUAAAUGAGUCGGGAACGUUUAUUAUUCCGGAGAUAUUAGAUUCCGCAACCCUUCUUCGAUAUGAAUUUGUCUUUUUGAAUUAUCAACUCGGAACAAUUUUCCCAAUCGGAUUUGCAACUACUCUAUGUGGAACAAAAACUUAUUUGAUGGACUUGGUUGCAACUUUUGGGUUUUAUUCUGAAAUUUGUGAAACUGACGGGAUUGAUUUGGGCACUAAGUUCAAGAUUGGUUGUUGUGAAUUUAUAUUGAGAGCUCAUAGCAACUAUAACUUUUUCCGUGAGGCUACUGAACUCUUUCCUUUAUCUCCGUUUAGUUAUAUUCCCGACACUUCAACAGCAAAAGGAGUCUUCUUUGAAUUUGUAUUUAUGAAGAUCUUUCGCUUUCGCUUAUUAACUUUUCUUCAUUCUAAUUCCUCGCCUAUUGUACAUUCUGCUAUUCCAGGAAUUUUCCAGGGUUCUUUUAUUGAACAGGACAACGCUUCGUAUUCUAUAGAAUCAACAAAAUCUAAUGAUAUACCCAUCUUGAGAAAUGUCUCUCAUUCAUUUUCUGAUCAUUAUAGAGAUUAUUUACAACAUUGUGGUAUUUUUGUUCCAAAAGAGGGCAAUUCGAGUGGCCCUGAUGCAUAUGUUGUAUUCCAUAAUGGACAAACACGUUAUGUUGUUGGAUUUUCAUUCAAAUUUUAUCACAAAACUAAAUUGUCGAAAAAAAAUAUUAACAAAGAAACAAAAAAAUUUUUUAAGGGAGUUGUUUCCGUUUUGAAUGACGAAUCUUUUUCAUCUGUUCAACUUCGUUUUCAGUUUGUGGUAGUAUGUACUAGAUAUGAUCAAUCUGUAGGUUUCUCUACCGAAGAACAGAACAUUGUUGAAGAUGCAAGUCGUUUGGUGACUCAACAUUCUUCGGGAUCAACUUUGAAUGAAAGUAGUCGAUCAUGUCUGCAAUUGGUAAUUGUUUCUCAAAGGAACCUUGAAGUAUAUUUGGGAAGAGAUAAUGUCGAAACGUUGAGGAAAAUUGGGGAAGCAAACCGAGGAGAGUUUUCUAAAGACUUUUCAGUAUGGUGUAAAACUCUCUUUGAGUCGAUGUCUAAUGAAUAUGUUUCGCCUUUGGAAGCUGAGCAAUCAACUGUUACUGUUAGAGUGGCUCGAAAUAUAAGACCGAGAACCAAUGAGGAGAAUAGGAUGCAAAUGGAAGGUUUUCAAAGUGCUAUGCAAGUGGCAGGUACUCGAGACGAAGCGACUACUUCUUCGGUUAGUUCGGUGCAACAAAAUCCUUUUGACUGGAUGAACUUUUUGAAAGCAUAUUGUCAUUUAAAUGAGGAAGAAGCGAGUAAAUGUUAUGAAUGCCUUUGGACUUUUUCAGAGCGAGACAUUGGAUUCAUAAGUUCGGAUAUAUUGCAACAAGUUGGUAUCGAUGAUACGUUGUUGCGAGUCAAGGUUGUUGCUGGUAUGAGAAAUUAUGUGAGAAACAAUCCUCGAACUUGAAAUGUUCUAUGUUCGUUUUUACAAAUAAAUAUUCAAGUCUUGUGUAUUCAUAGCUUUUCUAAUGCAAGUGUCCUUUCGUUGAAUACGAAAUAUUUCAACUGAAGAAACCGCCAUUCAUUAACUGUGAUAUAAGAGCAGUACUUAGCAUUGUUUUGAGCAUCUCUAAUCUAUGCAACAUGGACUCACAAUUCGGUACUGCAAAACAAUAUUGAAAUAUCCAUGUAUUUGCAGUAGAUAAGAUGAGGAUGAACUUUCAUCUUCUGAGCCAUUUAGAUAGAACCAAUGAUUUGACUUGGCUCAUAUUCUGGAAUAUAUUUGGGUGUUUCUACUUGUUGCAAAAGUGAAAAAUUUUUCUAAGAGCACUGUUUGAUCUCUUGAAAGAGGUUUGAAUGUCUAAAAGAGAAAACACUUGGAAAAUAUCUCCUUCAAGUUAUGCAUAUCUCAUAAAGGGAUGAGUCUCAAGUUUUCUUUUUUUGAAGAUAGGUGAAAUAUUUCAGGAUAAGAAAGAACUGUAAGCUGUCUCAAAAAUACUAUUUUUUGAGGUGGUCUACGAUGAGUAGGUUGACUAUAAGAAGCUGACCCAAGGAUAUAAAAUCUUGCGCUGAUAGAUGGAUACACAUUCUACUUACGAUAAGAAGGAUUGAAGGUCAAGAGUUACAAUUAUCUUGGUUCGAUCGCAACAUGAACAAUCAAUCAUAUG